UGCAACAAACCCAAGAAAAAAAACAUAUAGACAAAACGGGUAUCUUCACACAAACCUCUGUUUUCAAUGAAACAUAACAACAAAACCUGGUCAUUGUUCACUAUGACCAUUGUUCUUCUUCCUCUACUUCAUCUCUUGGUGGCAAAACUCUCUGCUUCUCACUUCUUUUCCGAAAUUCUCACUUCUUUCGAGUGACCUAAAUUACUUCCACAUAUAGAAUCCCUGUCCUUUUCUUGCUUUGUCCUCUGUUUUUUUUUCUGUUGAAGAAAUCAUCUCAAUGAAUUCAAUUCAGUUUCAACAUUUUAAGAUGGAGAAAUCGAGAAGAAUCUUGAAUUUCCAAGCAAUAAAAUCGUUCACGAACUUAUUCAGACUGAUCGAACUGAUUCUUCUUCUAAUCUUGAUCUCCAAACUCUCUUUCCCUUCAGUGAAACUCUCCGGUGACAUUUUCAGGGAAGCAACGAAGUUUCUCGUUAGCCCGAGAUUCGUUUUCUUCAUCGGAAACGCAAUUGUAAUUGCUCUUUUUGCGAUAUCCAGACGAUACAGCUCGGCUCACGAGCCUAACUCAAAGACAACAGAAGCUGAAAGCAACGAUCUUUACCAAGAGUUUCUUCACGAGAGUGAGAAGAAGAGAUCCGAAGUAAAUGAGAUGAAAACAGAACAAGCAAAGAAGCUGAGUGGAGUGAAAAGGGUUAGUUUCGGGAGAAGCCAAUCGCUGAAAGCGUUUGAGGCGGUUCACCCUCUGGAGAGUACAUGUGGUGGGAAAUUCAUGAAGAGGUAUGAGUCGGAGAAGCAUCUGAGGAUUUGUGACUCGGACAAGAAAGUAGCGGUGAGGGUUAAGAAACCAGAAGACAAAAUGAGCAACGAGCAAUUUAGGACAAAGAUUGAAGCUUUUAUCGCAAGGCAAAAGAGGAUUCAAAAAGAUGAAGAACACUUGAUAAUCUAGAUCCUCUGUGCUAGUAAAUGUUUGUUUUUCUGUUUUUCUUUUCCCCUUUUAGUCAUAAACUUGAAUGCUCUGUUUCAAAUCUUGUAACUUUGCCUUAGAAACUGUACUCUUUAAUCUUUAGUCUUGUAAACCUUUAAGGUUGUUUGAGUAAAUAACGUAACGUUUAUAA